CUGGGGAACAUAAAGCAGGAAAAAGAACUGAACCAGCACUGCAAAGUGGUUGCCUAUGCUCUGGCACAUCUUCAAGGAGGAGAAAAGAAAUGAGAUCUUCACACCAAAACACCAGACUGUUCAUUUUCAUUGCCCUACAAAAUCUAAACCUGCAUUAUCUUUGAAUUGCUAAUUAAAAAGGGGCCUUUAAUGCAGGCAGGGUGUCAGCAUGGAGCAAGCAUGUCCCCAGGGAACAGCAGCCGUGCUCCGGCUUUCCUGCUGACCGGCAUUCCCGGGAUGGCUCGUUUCCACCGCUGGGUUUUCUUCCCUUGCUGUCUGAUGUAUCUCAUCACCAUGCUGGGAAAUGGCACCAUCCUGCUCGUCGUGAGAGCGAAUCGAAGGCUCCACCAGCCCAUGUACUACUUCCUUUCGAUGCUGGCCAUCACGGACCUGGGCCUGACUCUGUCCACCCUGCCCACGGUUCUGCGCGUCUUUUGGUUUGGCACCGGAGAGAUCAGCUUCCCAGUCUGCCUCACCCAGAUGUUCUGCAUCCAUGCCUUCUCCUUCAUGGAGUCCUCAGUACUUCUUGCCAUGGCCUUUGAUCGCUACAUGGCUAUCUGCUGUCCGUUGAGAUACUCCUCCAUCCUCACCAGUGCCAGGAUUGCAAAGAUUGGGCUGGGGAUGGUCUGCCGCUCUCUGACGCUGCUCCCACUUAUCUGCCUGCUCACGCAACUGCAGUUCUGCAGGUCCCACGUGCUGUCCCACUCCUAUUGCCUGCACCAGGACAUGAUACGGCUGGCAUGCACAGACUCCACCCUGAACAGCCUGUACGGCCUAACCCUGGUGCUGUUUGUGAUCCUGGACUCAGUGCUCAUCACCUUGUCCUACACCAUGAUCAUUAAGGCCGUGGUGGGCAUCACCUCCAGAGAGGAGCAGACCAAAGCCCUCAACACUUGCGUCUCUCACUUCUGCGCUGUCCUCAUCUUCUAUGUCCCCAUGGUCAGCCUGUCCAUUAUAUACCGGUAUGGGAAGAAUGCUGCACCCUUCAGCCACGCGCUCAUGGCCAAUGUCUACCUUUUUGUCCCGCCUGUGUUGAACCCCAUCAUCUACAGCAUGAAAAACAAGCCCAUUCGCAAAGGCCUCCUCAGGCUUCUGUGUCCAAGACUGGCCUGGCCUGGCCAUGGCCAGCAGCCCAGAAGUCGUUGAGAAGUGGGAAGCUUGCCUACAUGAAAUGCCCAUAAAAAGUGAUAGGUCGAACAUAAGCGGGAAUUUGAGAGAGAGAAAAGCUAAUGGGAAAAGCACCUUGCAAGAAUGCUCUAAUUGUCAGUAG